AUGAUAGCGUCCUGUGGGGCGCCCUGGCAGGACAGCGAGGAGGUGCAGGCGCAGUGUCUCAGAGGCACGGCCAUUCCUGACGCCCUCAUGGGAGUCCCCUACACCAACACCUCCACUAACAGGAAGACUAACUUGGAGGAGGAGGCAGUAGACACCUGCCCAAACGAUAAUUACUCCCAACUUGCACGUGUUUUGGUCUCCGUUUGUUUACCUCUCUGGCGGUCGACUGGAGGCGGUCCCCCAAAUUUUAUCCUUUUUCCAGUUUUCUCCUCACAAUGGCGGGACGGCGACGACAGAUUCGAUGGGAUGCUUUUGGCAAUGGCUCAGCAGCACACUGGAGGAGUCAUUGAGUUGCUGGACACCUUCUUCAGCUUCCUCGCACGGAAAACGGAUUUCUACACAGGUGCUCCAGAGGACACAGGGGAGAAGAUGGUGGUAGACACGUUUAAGAAGUACCAGAAGGUUGCGUUGGCAGCUCACGACAAGAAGAAGGCCGAAUAUGAAGAGAUGGAGAGGAGGAAGGAGGAGAGGAGGAGGAGGAAGAAGGAGGAGGAGGAGAGGAGGAAGAUGUCCGAACCAAAGAUUAAGGAACUCACGGAGGAGGAGGCCAAGGAACUGCAGGAGAAGAUGGACCAGGUGGGUGUUAGGUCAGGUCACGCAAGAGUGGCCCCCCCAGCCAGCACAGAGGCGCCCCCCACGGCUGGCGAGGAGGAAGCUGAUGAUGACGACGAGCAGGACGAGAAGAACAAGGGCAAGCUGAAGCCCAACGCUGGCAACGGCUGUGACCUGGACCACUACCGCUGGACGCAGACCCUGCAGGAGGUGGAGGUAGCCGUCCCCCUCCCAAUGAAGGUGAAGAGCAGGGACGUGGUGGUGGAGUGGGGGCGGCGCUCCCUCAAGGUGGGGCUUCGGGGGGCUCCUCCGAUUAUAGAUGGUACUCUUUAUAACGAGGUCAAAGUGGAGGAGUGCAACUGGUACCUGGAGGGGUCAUGUAACGUUGUGCUGUCUCUGGAGAAGAUCAACCGUAUGGAAUGGUGGUCGAAACUGGUGACCUCUGACCCGGAGAUAAAUACGCAAAAGGUCAACCCGGAGCCGUCCAAACUCGGUGACCUUGACGGAGAGACGAGAGGAAUGGUAGAGAAAAUGAUGUACGAUCAGCGGCAGAAGGAAAUGGGCUUACCAACUUCAGAUGAGCAGAAGAAGCAGGACGUGUUGAAGAAGUUUAUGGAACAACACCCAGAGAUGGACUUUUCAAAAUGUAAGUUUAGUUAAAAGAGAAUGAAAAUAAAGAUGGAAAUAGAAGAAAAAUGAAGAUAAUGAAAGAAAAUGGAGGAAAAAAGAAAAACGAAAGAAGAAGAAGAAGAAGAAACGAAAGGAAUAAAGAAAAAAAUGAAGAAUUGAAAGAAGAAGA